AUGGCCGGAUGGGUUUUGGCGUGCAUGCAACGUCCAUGCAAGCAUCCAAGAAUUCAGUAUGUGUACUUUCCUCUGAUUGAUGCAGAUCGGCAACUUCUGGCUAGGGAUCGGAAUAGAUUGUGCAGCUGGUUCAUGUCUACAGAGAGUUCCAAACUCCUUAUUUUGGAAUCUUUCGAUCCAGUGGAGGAGGAGGAAUCCUGCACCACCCCUCAAAAUCACUUGGACACCUUCUGGAGGAUAGUUUCACGCUAUCUUUGGAGAGGAAGAGAAGAGAUAUCAGAUAAGGUCCCAGUACCAGCAUCCAACAUCGAAUAA